UUUCCUACUACCAUAAAAAAAAAAACUAUCCACAGAAGAAGAAUACGAAGAAGAAAAAAAAAAGAAGAGAACUGCUGUUUUACUAAAUAUCUAAAGUAUACCUACCUAGUUGUUACAAACAUGGACAACUCUGGAAAAGAGAAGGAAGCCUCGGCUCUGAUUGCUGAGGCUGAAAAGAAACUGAAAUCGUCUCAGUCGUUUUUUGGGGCGUUGUUUGGUGGCUCAUCCAAGAUGGAGGAGGCCUGUGAUAUGUACGCCAGGGCAGCCAACAUGUACAAGAUGGCAAAGAACUGGUGUGCUGCAGGUAAUGCGUUCUCCCAGGCGGCCCGGCUCCACCUGCAGAUGCAGAGUAAACACGAUGCUGCUACAAACUUCAUAGACGCUGGAAACGCCUUCAAAAAAGCUGACCCACAAGAGGCUAUCAACUGUCUGAACCGAGCCAUCGAGAUCUACACAGACAUGGGACGGUUCACCAUCGCAGCCAAACAUCACAUCUCCAUCGCAGAGAUCUACGAGACGGAGCUGGUGGACAUCGAUACGGCUAUAGCUCACUAUGAACAGGCGGCAGACUACUACAAAGGAGAAGAGUCCACAAGCUCUGCCAACAAGUGCCUUCUGAAGGUGGCUGUCUAUGCAGCUCAGCUGGAGCAGUACCAGAAGGCCAUAGAGAUCUAUGAACAGGUUGGGACCAAUGCGAUGGACAGCACACUGCUAAAGUACAGCGCUAAGGACUACUUCUUCAAGGCAGCUCUCUGCCAUUUCUGUGUGGACAUGCUCAAUGCCAAACUGGCCUUGCAGAAGUAUGAAGAAAUGUUCCCUGCCUUCUCAGAUUCUCGUGAAUGUAAACUGCUGAAGAAACUUCUAGAUGCGUGUGAGGAACAGAAUGUUGAUGUAUAUACUGAUGCGGUGAAGGAAUAUGACACUAUCUCCAGGUUGGACCAGUGGCUGACAACUAUGCUCCUCCGCAUCAAGAAGACCAUAGAGGAAGAUGAGAGUGACCUGCGUUAAUGGUCUUGAUGUCACUAGACCCCCCCCCAGACCCCCUAAACACCCCCUAAACCCCCCCUCAGACCCCCUAAACCCCCCCUCAGACCCCCUAAACCCCCCCUCAGACCCCCUAUAUCCCCCCUCAGACCCCCCUCAGACCCCCUAUACCCCCAUACCCCCCUCAGACCCCCUAAACCCCCCCUCAGACCCAAACCUCAUCCACACCUAGGGCUGUUAAGGCGACUGUGUAUUACCACCUCCCCAGCAGUCAAAUCCCACAUGAGUCGAGGUAAUUGGUGCUCGGCGCUCUAUUGUCCCUGUAAUCACUCAAUGCAAAUACAGUGGAGAAUCAAAUCAAACACUUCCUGAGAGCCCUGGCAUUCAGAGUUUGAGCUUAAUAGGAUCACCUGUUGAGCAGCGAGAGCCAGCUAGAGCCAGCGAGAGCCAGCUAGAGCCAGCGAGAGCCAGCUAGAGCCAGCGAGAGCCAGCUAGAGCCAGCGAGAGCCAGCUAGAGCCAGCGAGAGCCAGCUAGAGCCAGCGAGAGCCAGCUCCUCAUAGCUGAUUGAUGCAUGGAGUUAAAUAUGUGCUCUGUUGGGGCAACAUUUCUACAGCCUAAGCUAUGCAAUUGCGUGAGAAAACCGUUUUGAUGGCCUCUAUUAAAAAGAGGAGGAUCCUAUCAACUUUCUAUAGGCGAGGCCUACUAUAUUUAUUUCUCAACUUUCCUAAUAUUUAAGCACAUUGCUUUGCCUUACAACCAGAGUAGCGUACCUGGCUGUCAUGAAAAGGGAAAAGCGUCCUCCAUUCGCCGUUGAAUACAUGCAUACAGAUGACUUUUUUUUUUAUUAAACAAAAAUUGCCCGUUCAGACGAUGAAUGGGCUAUGAUAACGGCCCAUUCUGAUAACGGCCCAUUCUAAAAAUCAGAACUCAUUUCACACACGUUAUUUAGUAUUUGUAAAGACCAAAUUAAACGGAAAAUAGUCUGAUGUGUGAAAAUAUUAUCACUUGGGAAUGAUAUCAAAAUAAUAAUAAUUAUUAUUAUAUAAAAAUUAUAUUAAACGGAUUUAUGAGACUUUUUAAAACGUGGACGUUCCAAUAGAAGCACGACAACGAUGGUCCUGGUUCAGUGGCGUGUCGGCCCGGAGAUGCUUAGUGUGUUCAUGUUCAUUAACGCUCAGUUUAGCGUGAGACCCGCAGUUAUUUCCAUGACAGUUACCAGUUGACAAAAUGUACCACCCGUCACAGCCCUUCCCCAGGGUUUCCCAAACUCAGUCCUCUGGACCACAAGGGGUGCAUGUUUUGGUUUUUCACACUACACAGCUGAUUUUUUUAUUUAUUUUUUAAAUAACAAACUAAGCAUUCAGCUUUAAAUAUUUUGAAUGUGCUGUUUAGUGUCAGGGCCUGGUUGGCUCAGGCCCGGCACCCUGGUUGGCUCAGGCCCGGCACCCUGGUUGGCUCAGGCCCGGCACCCUGGUUGGCUCAGGCCCGGCACCCUGGUUGGCUCAGGCCCGGCACCCUGGUUGGCUCAGGCCCGGCACCCUGGUAGCCUCAGGCCCUGCACCCUGGUAGCCUCAGGCCCUACACCCUGGUUGCCUCAGGCCCUAUACCCUGGUAGCCUCAGGCCCUUCACCCUGGUAGCCUCAGGCCCGGCAGCCUCAGGCCCUACACCCUGGUUGCCUCAGGCCCGGCAGCCUCAGGCCCUACACCCUGGUUGCCUCAGGCCCGGUAGCCUCAGGCCCUGCACCCUGGUAGCCUCAGGCCCUGCACCCUGGUAGCCUCAGGCCCUACACCCUGGUUGCCUCAGGCCCGGUAGCCUCAGGCCCUACACCCUGGUAGCCUCAGGCCCUGCACCCUGGUAGCCUCAGGCCCUGCACCCUGGUAGCCUCAGGCCCUACACCCUGGUAGCCUCAGGCCCUACACCCUGGCUUCUGCUCUUCUCCUUACUCUUGUGCCUUUUUUUUUUACAGCAGAAAGCUCAUCUCGCCUUUGCAGUGUAUCUCCUCUCGUCACCCCGGUGUUGAUCAGUCAUCAACGCUAGUCCACCGUCGGUGUUUUACAGAGCUAGCCUCUCCUGUUCUGCUGAACGUGGUGCAAAACUGUACCACCGGCAGUGAUAUCUGUGGUGAUCUGUUCCACUGCAGACGCUAAUGAACACUAACUUGUACCGUAGUGGGAGAGUUACUGCAGAGUGCCUUCAGAAUGAAACCAGCCAAUCAUAAUGUUCUGUGGACUGCACACUACGAAGUGCAGAGCCAAUCGGAAGGUGAAUAUCCUUGAUUUAAACUCUGUACUCUUCCUGCUUUGGGACACCUCAGGAACGCUGGACUGCUGAAUCCGAUUUUAGAAAUACAUUUAUUCACACAGUGGCCUUGGAAAGACCUAAUAUUGAUAAUAAAAUGUAAUUUAUAAAGUAUUUUAAGACAAGAUUACAGAGAAGCACCAUAGCAAUGAUUUAUAAAUGAAUAAAUUGCCCAUACAGAUAUAAACCUAGUUAAGGUUUUAAAUGAUUUUUUUUUUUGCAGUGUUACAUUCUAUUCCAAUUCUUUUAUUUUCCUUCAAUGAUGCUUGUGUUUUAUGUCCACUCACCUCCUCUCUACUUUGUGUUACUCCUCUAUACUAGCUUACUACACGUAAAUAAAAAAAAAAAGCUUAUUUUUAUUGGAAAGCUGUUGAUUUCAACUUCUUUUGACAUGUAAAGAUGGACAAGCUUUUGAUUUUGAUAUAAAGGAUGUUGUUUUAGUCCGUGUGUAAGGAUUCUGACUCUUUCUCUUCCCUACAGACGAGCAAAGAUUAAUGAACCUGUACAGAGAGAAGGUUGUGACUCUCUGUAAUUAGAAGAAAAUUAUUAAAUUGUUGUGGAAAAUAAAACGUAUGAUCAUGUUGUUUGA